GACAGGCACGACAACAGAGAGAAAAAAAGAGAGAGACAAAAGUUCCUGGUUGCAGUGGGACAGAGACAGAGGAAAGGGGACACUGACUCAUUAUAGAAGGAAGAGUCUUGGGGGAUAUUCGCUUGGAUUGUGUUGCUGGAAUUACCAGUUAGAGAGAGGGGGGGAAAAGAGUGAGCUCCCGGGGAGCUGGGCUCUCGCCAUUACUGACAGCGCCCGGGAUUGCUUCAGGAUUGUGACCCAGUGGAUCGGGCGCUGCGGGGGGAAGAGUCUGUAACGCUGGGCUGGGGGUGAGCCCCUUCCACCGCUGGGUUUCCUUGUCACCUUGUGGAUUGUACACUCGCCGACAACAUGCUGAAUGCUGGUGGGAUUUACGCCGUGAAAAAGAGGAAGAAACCCGUGCAAAAGAGCCCCAAACCACCUCCUGCUGAUGGCGUCAAGUCUAAUCCGUCCAAAAGGCACCGGGACCGGUUGAACUGUGAGCUGGAUAAACUAACCAGUCUGCUGCCCUUCACUGAGGAUGUCCUCGCCCGUCUCGACAAACUCUCCGUGCUCCGUCUCAGUGUCGGCUACCUGAAAGCGAAGAGCUUCUUCAACGCCGGCAUCAAGAGGAGCAGGGCUGGCUGGUUGACGGACAAGCCCUCAGCACACUUUCAAGGGAAUGGACAGCAAAAUGGUCAGCCAAUCAUCUCCGAGGGAGAUCUAUUGCUCGAGGCUCUGAAUGGAUUUAUUCUGGUCAUCACUGCUGAAGGAUAUGUCUUCUACACGUCUCCUACCAUCCAGGACUAUCUUGGCUUUCACCAGUCGGAUGUGGUACACCAGAGUGUCUUUGAGUUGAUCCACACGGAUGACCGAGCAAUGUUCCGACAGCAGUUACACUGGGCCCUGAAUCCACCUGCCUGUCAGGAAUCCGACCCCCGAGCAGAUGGUAUUCCAGAGAACCACAGCCUUUGCUCCAGGGUCAUGACUUUUGAUUUGCCACCUGAGAAUUCCUCUUUCAUGGAGAGAAACUUUAUCUGUCGCUUCCGUUGCCUGUUGGACAACUCUUCUGGCUUUCUGACGCUGAACUUUCAGGGCCGGCUGAAGUUCCUACAUGGGCAGAAUAAGAAAGCGGAGGACGGUACUCCCAUCCCCCCUCAGUUGGCUCUGUUCGCCGUGGCAACACCUCUCCAGCCUCCGUCCAUCCUGGAGGUGCGCGCCAAGACCCUCAUCUUCCAGACUAAGCACAAGUUGGACUUCACGCCGAUGGCAUGUGACACCAAGGGCAAGUUUGUGCUGGGUUACACAGAAGCAGAGCUGUGCAUGCGAGGCACAGGCUAUCAGUUCAUCCAUGCUGCUGAUAUGAUGUACUGUGCUGAUAAUCACGUGAGAAUGAUUAAAACUGGCGAGAGUGGAAUGACAGUGUUCAGAUUGCUGACCAAACAGAACAGUUGGGUUUGGGUCCAGGCCAGUGCCCGUUUGGUCUAUCGAGGUGGACGGCCUGACUCCAUCAUUUGCAAGCAGAAGCCUUUGACGAAUGAAGAAGGUGAGGAAAAUCUCCGGAAAAGGUCCAUGCAGCUGCCAUUCAAUUUUGCUACAGGAGAGGCAGUUCUGUACGAUAACAAUCCAUUGCUUUUGGGGCAGCUGGAUUCAUUCGAGAUUAAAGGCAAAGGCACCAAGGUUGAGAAGGUUUUGACAGGGGCGAACGGGACUGACCCAAAAAACGGAAUCAACCCCAGUUCACUUCUGGGUGCCAGGAUGAUUCAGAAUCCAUCUGCGUACACCUCAUACACUGAAAUGCAUUUUAACCUUGACGAUAUCUUUGCCAACGACUUCUCUGUUUUAAAUGUGCCGGGGGAUUUCUGUCAGCCAGGCAAUCAUGGCAAAACCUCUUCCAAACAAGAGCAGAUGGACCUUGACCAGGCUGACCCGCUGUCAACCAUCAUGGAUAUUCUGUCACAGAAAAACGUGGAUGAGAACGACCUGUGUAACACUCUGGAAAACCUGGAUGUGGAGAACACUGAGUUGGAGCAAUGGGAGGAGACCUUAAUGAAAAUGGACAAUACAUCGAUCCCAGAUGAUUUCAGCGACAUUCUCACCUCCGAUUUUAUAUUGUCAUGUGUUGAGAACAUGCUGACAAAAGACUGCCCGGAAGCUAACAAGUUCCCGCAGGAGGGCUUAGACCCCGCAGUAGGAAGUACAACUGGGCCGAACCAACACAACCCAUUGCCACAAAAGCCACUUGGAUUUGAAAACCAAAACCCAGCAAUGCCUGGCUUCCAAAAUGCAAUAACAGUGGCUCAGCAGAUCCCGAUGGCUUCUGGCCCCCACACCCCAUCUCGGCCUGCUCCCCAGACUCCCGUCACGCCUGGGCCGCAGAGCGUGCUGCCGUUUGGACUCCAGAACGCGCAUGUGCCUCAGCCACAGAACGAAACGUAUCCCAGAAUUCCGAACCCGCUGGGAUCAUCCACGUGGAAUCCCCUCCCGGUGAGCCGGUAUAAUCCUCCUAACCAGCAGGGUCUCGUUCCGCUCGACCUUCGGGGUCUGUGUGGAUCUACGCCGGCCAAGCCGAGCUGUGCGGGGCAGGUCAGCGGGCAGCAAGUGAGCACAGGGAAGAUGUCGUUACCGGGGAACUUGCAGCAGUCCGUGCUACAUCAAUCACAGUACUCGGGUCUGAAUGGCCAGCUGGAAGUGCAAUCUCUACAGGUGCCGCAGCAGCAGCAGCAGCCAUUGCCACAGUGGCAGCCGCAGAUGCAGAAUGGACAGCAAGAUCCCAUGCUGUCUCACCGAGUGCAAGACUGCUUUCAAAUACGGCAGCCAUCUUGUGGAUUGACACACGCCUUGCCAGAAAGGGGCUCUGCAGCUUGUUAUCUGAACCAAAACAGCAGCGGGCAGCUUCCUUACAGCUGCAGCAUAGCAAGAAAGCACAGGACCACAGUGAACCAGUUUCCAAUGGGACUGCCUCCCAGCACCAACAGCAGCUGCAUGUUCACCUCCUGUGAGUACGAGGGACGGGCCCCUCCUCCCAGAACUGAACCACUGUUUCCAGACAGCAGCUCCCUCACUCCUCUGCCUCCCUACGGUAAAACAGAAGGAUUGCAGAACCACAGUCCCUUCCAGGCCACCUGUUACUACGAGAACGACCCUGUUCAUUCUGUUAUAGGCUCCUCAGCUGUCCCCAAUGGGGAACUGAACAUUUAUCAGACGGCCUGUCAAUUCGAGCCAAACUUUUCUGCAUUACCGCUCGCUGAGAAUUCUAUCUGCCAAAUUCCAACAGGUCAGGCACCUUGGAAUUGAAGCAAUUAAUUUAAGAUGCCUCAAAGCUUCAUAACAACAUUUUGGAUUCAUCCAACAGGGGGAAGCUCCGAACUGAGGAAGUGGAACACUGAGCAUGUUGACUUUGUUUGCCAAGAAUGUUGGGCAAGCAAAACUCGUAAAUUAUUCGGAUCGAAGCAGACUCGACCCAAUGGUGCAUGAUCUUUUGACAGUGUUUGGUGAAAAGUGCUGAAGUCCUGAGACAGACAAGUGUAUAAUUAAUGUGCAUUGUAAACUAGUGCUUUUGUAUCUCCAGUACCAUUACAUCGCCACCUGCAAGCCUUUGGUGAUCGACUUUCUAUGUACAAAAUAUUAACUUGUUUAUAUUUUUGUAUAAAAAUGUGUGCUUUUUAUGGUGUCGACCAUUGCUGGUAUAAUCAUGAGCCAUUUUCUCUUUUUGAGGAGAUCAGAGUCUAAAAACACACUUUGUGCCGUUGUUCCUGCUCUGUGUAUUUGGGAGCCUUAUAAUGAAGGAGAAUAUUUCCCAAGGGCGGCCUUCUACUGAGGAUUUUAUUUUUAACAAAUCGCAAAAUAUUCAUUGAAAAAAAACAGAGGCAUUCACCACGGAGCAUGAAUACCCAGAGACUGAGGUGCAAGUGCCAGGGAGAAUAGAACCUACAAUGUGUUUGCAGAGCAACCGAAGUUGUGCAUUGGACAGGUGACUCAUUUGGUGUUAUGCCCUGAAUCUUCAGAAAUUGGGACAUCUUUUCUUUUUAAAAGAUUUUUUAAAAAAAACAUUUCAACUUUUUAAGCUAUUUACGUAUUAAAUCAAUACUUUAAAACAGAGAUUUGUGUAUAACACAGUAUAUGAAAAAUGUGUGUUUUAAUAUUAAAAAGUCACAAUGCAGAAUCUAUUUGUUGUCCUGACCAGCUGCAUCACUGUUGUACCUUUGCAGCUCUUCUGUAUAAUGUAUGUUAACCACUUGAUAUAUUGCUGCCUUUCAUUUAUGUUAUGUAGUUUUAUAAAUGUCUAAACACAUUUGGCUGUUGAAAAAUUGUAUCGUUUUGCUUUACAAAUUACAAAUAGAUCUGUCACCCUGUGUUUCUCUCUUCCCCUCCGCCCCCCACCCAUUAUUAAACUCUUCUCCCUUUUUUAAGUGAA